AUGAGGUGCUGUCUGUCAGAGAGGGAGGCUGGGUUAGAGGUGCCUUCAGUGCGUUCUUCAGCAGGGGUAUAUUUUCAAUUCUGAGGCCAUUUGAAAUCGGACACAGCCAUCAUUACGAGCCGGUCUCCAUAGGAAACUUCCAUUGAGUCCCCCCCACCACACACUCACACUCACACACACACACACACACUCACACACACACACACACACACACACACACAAACACACACACUCACACUCACACUCAUAGAGCAGAACAAAGAGUGUUUACUCCCUGAUCUAAAUUCGCCACACAUUUGACAUUCUUACUGAAAUGGAAGAAGACAUGGCUCUUAGCAGUUUUUCUUUACACAUUCCUUAGAACAUACCAUUACUUUACAGUCUCAGCUCUAACAUUGUUUAAUUUCCACAUGCAAUAUUAGUAACCCGCUGAGAAAGCCUUACAACCCAAAACAUAGAAAAUCUAAACCACAAAGGUUGAGGGAAAGUGACUGGAGCAGUCUCCAUUUACGCAAAGCCUUUUCACACUGUUCUUUUCUCUUUCUCCUUCUCUCUCUUUAUGCACAUUGACUCUUUCUGUUAGUGCUCUCCUUUGUCCUCUCUUGCCUUUUGCUCUCUCCUGCUCACUCUCACCAAACUCUAAACAGAACAUGAACUCUCUGUACUGUAGCUCUGUCUGUGUUUGUCUCUGACAAGCAUCAAUAGUGCAUAGGAUAUAUUACAGUAAGUGUGGCUGACUGUGAGUGUAUGACAGAGAGAGAUUGAGUGAGCUCUUGGAGGAGUGUAAUAGUCUUCUCUCCCUGCCCCUGCUAUUUCCAGGCUAUGUUGGCCAGUGCCUUGCAGUGUGUUUGGCUCCAGCCAGCUGACUCUGAGAGGAGAGGAGGUGUGGGCUGGCCUCUAACGAGGUGCUGAGCCCAGGCUCUUGUUUGUGUCAGGAGCACCUGGGUCAUACAGACGCAACCACAAAGUCUAGGACUUCACAAAGGUCUGCCCAUUCAAAACAUCCCCAACCUGCAGGAACACAAACUCCCACACUUCAUCAAAUAAAGGCAAGACAGAAAAUAGAGCUCAGAGCUGAAAUGGCUCAUUCUCCUAAUACAAGCCAGCUAUUGUUUGUCUAACUCCGUCUCUCCAAGGCAUUGUGUUUUUAUACUCAAUAAAAACAUGCCAGAAUGAAAGCAGUUUGUUGUGUGUGAAUUUGAUACAAUUGCAGAGUAUGAUGUUGAUGGAUGGGACUUUGGAGAGCAGAACAUAUGCUGUGGGCCUUUCAUGUCUGAUCUAGCACCAUCCCUUCCCUUCCCAUCCCUCAUCCCCCAAUCCCUCUCCCCUGUGGCCCUCACCGGCUGGUUCUCUGCCACCAUGACUGUGGUGUUAGUGAGGUCACCUGGUGGAGAGAGGCCCUGUCUCCUUACAGUCACAGGACACUAGAGAGUUAUUGUACGGGGCUUUUAGAGCAAAGCUCUCUCAUGUAGUCCAACUAGCCUUCUGCAGUUCUUCAUCAUAAUCAGAAUGCCAAAUCAUUUGAAAUGACAAGAGAAUGUUGGCUCCACUGAGCAUUCAGAAAUUGAGUGAAAAUACUUUGUGGGGGGUUGGUAUUUUAUUACAUUGUUGAUUCAGUUGUGUAAUGAAGUUCUGUUGUCUGGAAGCCUCGCUGCCCAUCAGGGCCAUUUGCAUGACUGACUCUGUGCAUCAUAACGGAAUGACGUCUGUAUGACUUCACUGUGUGGUCCAUUGAUCUGACACCACUUCAUCCUCCUCUUCCUCUGCAGAGUCAGGAAACCAGCUGGUGGCUCAGGAGGCAGUGAGGAAGCCGUCCACUCUCCGCCGGCCACCUGCCCCGGCCCGCACAGGAACAGGAACAGGAACAGGGGAGCAGCUCUCCACCAGUAACAACCAGGACCCUAAUGCUCUCUUAUACAGUACUAUAACACCUGGAACCAUAUUUCUCUCUUGAAUAUUGUCAGACUCAGAACACCUGGGAUUUCAUUUUCUCUUUACACUGUUUCUGUUUUAAUACUCAGGCCCCAUGUUUCUCAUAUUUUGUACAUUUUGGAAGUGAUUUUUGCAGAUAUCGAUACUUGUCCCCAUAUAAUAUCUGUCUCUUUCUCGGUUCUCCAGAUUGCCUUAACUGUAGUCGAAUCACAGCCCUGACAGAUAGACUCAGCUCACUGGAGGCAAAGGUACAGUCAUGGACUCCUCUACUGAAGAAUGUGCUGCAGUGAGAGACCACACAGUCUCUCAUCAUAAACAACAGUGUUUGAGUCCAUUUGAAAGGCAUUGGCGUUACGAUCUAAAUUUCUUUCUUUCUCUCUCUUUACUAUUUUAUCCAACUAGGUCCAGGUGCUGUCCUCUCCUGCCUCCACUUCUCACCGCCACCUACAGGGUAAAGGAGGAACGGCACAGGAAUCUUCCUCACAGAUAGUGGAUCCACAAACCAAAGGAGCCCCUGGCGAGCAGGGACCCAUAGGUACAUACAAGUAUCCUAUACCCAUGUAUGGGCAGGGUUGAGGAGCAACCAUGUAUGCCUAUUAUUUUGAGUGAAGUGGGUUAUGUUUGAUAAUUGAGUGAGAACUUACUCUGCACAGCUCGCUCCAUGUGCCAUAAUUCUUUCUCCAUUGCCUCUCUACCUGCUCUCCUCCCCUCAUAUCCUAUUUCCUCUGUCGCUAAGAGAGAGACGUACACACACACACUCAUUUCCUCUUCGACUAGUCAGAGUCCAGUUGUCUGCACUGCUCACUUUCAGGGUUCUGUGGGAGGGAGGGAGGGAGGGAGGGAGGGAGGGAGGGAGGGAGGACGGAGGGUGUGUGGAAAGUGAACACUUCAGGGCAUGAAAGCCCUCUCCUUCCCUUGAGCUCAGCCUUGGCUGCAGCUAGAAAGAGAGGGUGCUCUGCUGCUGUACUCUCAAAAUACCUUUAAAUAGUGUAUCAACUUCCAUCCAAUUACAUUCAAAUCUGUUUUAUCUAAAGGCUCUCAGGUUAAGAUCAUCACUGGCCUUCUAAGGCCUGUUGAAGAAUGUAAAUGCACCAUUAUGUGCACCCUAACACACAGUCAAUGUCUUACGAGUUUUGAGAGAGAAAGACAUGACCUGUUCUGUUUAGUUUCACUACAAUAUUAGAGCUAUCAUUUGGCAGAAUUUUUCGCCCUGCAUGGAACAUUUGGGUUUUAGUCUCCCAUGACUAGCUGAGGGGUUCGUUCCUCACUGGCACCUCUGUGGCCCUAAAAACAUCUCAGUGCUUAGUCUGUCAGCGAGUCUGUCUAAUCCAGAGCACAGCUCAGCUGCUCUGCCACCUCCAUCUAGUAACGCUUCACCUCAGGAAUCACUCAACCUCUAGUCCAUUUCUCCACACAAGGCAAUGGACAACCCCUUUCUCUCCCUCUUUCCCUGGGUCUGCUGUCUGACGUCUGUCUGUUUCCUCCCUAACACACAGGUCCACAUGGUGAAAGAGGCAAAGACGGUACCCCUGGACGAGAUGGUAAGUUUGAGAUGUUGUCAGCUCAAUCAUUGCUUUGUUUGUAACACAAACUUUUAUUUGUGGCUGUAUCAGUAUGGCUCCAUAGUUAGUAGUGUCUGUCCCCUGUCUUUGCUCAGGGAAGCCAGGGUCUCAGGGACUGCCGGGACCCAGUGGCCCCAGGGGCGAGGCUGGGGUGAGGGGCCCCUCGGGGACCCCGGGAUCUAAGGGGAUCCCAGGACCAGUGGGUAAGAUACUUACUGUAACUAGAUGAUGGCAGGGUGUAUGAUUUAAACAACCCCUGAUUUCACUGUAAGAUUUCAUAAGCCUCCAAAUUUGUGACAGUCAUUCCUUUUGGCUGAAGUAUGAUAGUAACAGACUGUAAUCAGUAUGAAUGAUAGAUGUUUCAUGAAUACCAUAUGAAGAUAGUUCCAUGUUUACAGUUGAUUAAGCAGGGUGCACCGAUGUCAAACAAAUGCUUCUUGUCUUACAAGACGUUGACACUGUUUGUCAAUAAAUACACAUGUCGUAAAGAUAAUUGUGGGAACAGGGUGAUUGUAUGCGUACCCACCCCACUUAACCCAUUGUCUCUGACAAAACUAUGACAAUACUCUCACUAGGCCAGAGCUGUCACGAUCGUCGUAUGGAAUAGACCAAGGCGCAGCGUGAUGAACGAACAUGUUUAUUUAUCUUUAGUGAUAAAUACGGACAAUGAACAAAACAACAAACGACUCCGUAACGUCCUAGGUAACAUAGACAUUUACAUUACAUUUACAUUACAUUACAUUUUAGUCAUUUAGCAGACGCUCUUAUCCAGAGCGACUUACAGGAGCAAUUAGGGUUAAGUGCCUUGCUCAAGGGCACAUCGACAGAUUUUUCACCUAGUUGGCUCGGGGAUUAGAACCAGCAACCUUUCGGUUACUGGCACAACGCUCUUAACCACUAAGCUACCUGCCGCCCCAGCUGGACCAACUGGAACAAAAACCCACAAACACAAAGGGAAAAACAGACAGUUUAAAUAUGGCUCCCAAUCAGAGACAACCAGCCAACAGCUGACACUCGUUGCCUCUGAUUGGGAGUCACUCAGGCAAACAUAGAAUUAAACACAACAGAAUACCAACAUAGAAAUACACACAUAGAAUGAACACACCCUGGCUCAACAUAAUGAGUCCCAGAGCCAGGGUGUGACAAGAGCAAACAAGAACCCUGAGUGUAUGUUGCUCACUAAUGACUUGAGACCUGAAAAAAUUGUGGAAAAGUCACUCAGAUCUAUCUCAACAAACUGCAACAAACUGCAUCAUGACAUCCUGCAUCAGAGUGUUUGUCUUUCUGUGAAACCACUCGGCCAUUCCACAAACCCAUGCUGUAGUCCAUGAAAAACACAGCAGUUCCUCAGUGGACAGCAUGGUGAUAACUUUGACUUUUCAACAAUAAGACUAAAUACGGAGUAUGCUGAUUCAGCAUGGUUGCCAAAAUAUUUGUCCUCAGACUACACAAAACACCCCUAUGGCUCAGAACACUCGCUGUUGUUCCUGCCUGCUGACCAACCAGAGUCGUUCGUUCAACAACAUAAAGAAAGCUCAAAUCUGUUGCUUAUAUUCGAGGCUAAAUGGUUAUGGACAAAUAAUAAAUAACAGUCGUAAAACAAGAAAUCCCCAGGCAUCGCAGGCAGUUACAAGUUUAAUGAUAAUAAAAUAAAUAGUAAUAUAAGUUUGUCAUAACGUGUUGUAGCUGGCGGCUGUGGUUCUGGUUCCUCUCUGUAUGGAACAUGUAGUCAGUGUGUGUCCUUCCCUCUCUGAGGGACAUAUGACCCCUGCUCUGUGCCUGCUGCUGCUGGGUAGAGCAAAAGUUAAACUACAAAACUUUCUGAGAAGCACCAUGUGAAUCCAAUCUGAAAUGAACAUGAGCUAUGUAUACAAGUCCUGUCUCCUCAUGCCUUCCAUAUGUCUGCGGUGUUAUUGUUUUCCUAUCCCUAUUGUAUUAUGUGUAUUCUCAGGGUAAACUAGAGUUUCUAUCCAAAACUAUGUUCUCUCUCCACAUGCUGAAUUCUUCCUGUACGUUGCACAUAAGACAAAUGUUAACAGUGACAAGACUGUGUUUGAUGUAACAGAAAACCUGAGUGUUAUGAGAGCAUGUUUGGUGGUGAUAGUUCCAGGUGGGUAAGGUGAAGGAGUAAGGGAAAGUAAUGAACUCAGGAGGGGUGAAAACAGAAUAAUAUAACAUGGUGUGUGAGCGUGCGCUGGGAGACAGAUUCAUAAAGACUCAAGUGGAGAUUGAAUCACACUCACAGGGACUGCUACUUUUCUGCAGGGAGGGAAGCAGUGUGAGGUUGGGGUUGGGGUUGGAGUGUGUGCAGCCCUGCACUGAUGUGUAUUUGGUUGUUUUUCCCUUAAUCAGUGCACAGAAAGGACAUGUUUCCUGUAUAGAGAAUUAGGAUUCCCUAACACGCACACACAUACACACACACACAUACAGUACACACAUACACACCAAACACACACACAAGCACACGCACACACACUUUUACUCACACAUUGACACCGUAGCCCACAGCUGCUUCAAGGCCCCAUUACUCUGCAGGAAAAAUAGAGCCUUGUUUGCCCUAACGUCAUGGGAACACACAGACUCUGAACGUCAUGCUAACACAGACUCUGGAGAGGCCACUUUGACUACCCAGCGGUGCCACUGUACUGCUGACCAAGGGUCACGGUCCUUCAGGUGGGGUUGAGCUAGUGCAGAACCGCAACGCAGUCAGUUAUGCUGCGAUGUUUACCAAAGCUAAGUGAAAAUGAAUCAGCGAGGUGUCAAAUCCAAUCAGAGCUGUAAUAACACAUUACAAAUGACCCAUUAUUAUGUGAAGUUAUUCAUAGUUGCUAAUACAAUAAUUGCAACACAAUGAUAGCUGUUGUCAGUUGCAUUACCCUCGAGACCAUUAUUCAAGGUCACAAGUCAAGGAGAUAGAUUAAUAGAUGGGGGUUGUGUGUGCGUGCGCGUGGGGGAUGGGGGAGGGUCGGGGGUCAUGUUGAGCACAGCAUUACCUCAGGAAAGUUCAAACAAUGAGGUCAGAUGUUGCUGUGGGGAGGUGAGGCACUUUGUUUGUGUUUGUGGAUGGAGCAGCCAAUCCAGCUGGGCCACAGGGACAAGUCACAUCUCAGCUUUUCUUCUCGCCUUUUUUCAACAAAAGGAGAAGUCGUUGUGGGAGGGAGAGAGAACAUAAGCUGGCUUGUUGGGACAGGUUAUAUACACACGCGCACGCUCACACACUCCGGCUCGUGCAGACGCAGGCAGAAUUUAAUUUAUUACGCACUAGUCCGCUAAUACGCUCCGGCUUUAAUGGUGUUUAUUUGAGCUUUCCCAAGUCUCCCUUUGAGCUCCCAGCACACGGCCAUUAAGAGACCUCCUCCUGUUAAUUACAGCUGAACACAAGUCAGUCUCUCAGCCCCCCUCUCCUCUCCUGCUGCUGAUAUUAGCCUGCCUCACACAACCGCCAAGCACUGAAACUUAAUACACCAUGCAGCGCUUGCUCUCUCUCCCUCACUCUCCCUCCCUUUACAUUCUCUACUAUAUAUCUUUUUGCCCUGUACCCACCACCUUUUAUAGGUUCACCAGCACUCCCCUGCCAUUGCUAUGCAUGCCAAGAAAGGCAACACAGGGUGAAACCUCUUCAUCAAGGGAUCACCUCUGGUGCCCUUUGAAAUGAUGAGAAUACUCUAUAUACUCUAAAAAUCUAUUGAUAUACCAAAAGAGAUAAAAAUGUUUCUCUGUUCACCAAUGCUGUGCCAAUGUUGGUUCUUGCUUUUGUCACUGAGUUUUUUCCUACCCUUUCCGUCAUUGUCAUGUCACUGCUGUCCCUCAGCAUAACAGUGUGGUGUAUCUCCCCUCCCCCUAGGACCCAAAGGUCCACCAGGUCUCCCAGGAGAGAGGGGUCUACUUGGGCUUCCUGGACCUCCAGGACCCCCUGGAUCCCCAGCCCCUGCCAGCACCCACAUCCCAGAGCCAGACCGGGGUAAGUGGAGCACCACUACAACAGACAGCCAUAUCCAACACCACACACACUCAAUUCAUCAGAUUAACAAUAGUGUUAUGGAACACCACCCACUCAAAUAAUUUAUUUGUAAUUAUGAUGUCAUGUAGGCCCAUGUGCGUGCCUUACAGCCCUAAUUGCUCUUUGUCACCAUCGCUCAUGCUCAUCUGGGUCAAUUUUCCAUUCAUUGGGUUUGUAUGAAAAUGGUAGACCAUUCUAGUGCAGUUCAUGAGUUUUCACACCCCAGUAUUAUGGACUUGGAGAUGUCCCAGAGGUGAAAAACCAGAUGCAUAGUCUGUCCCUGUCAGACAACCACCCUCACCCCUCCCCUUCUCACAAUAGGUGGUCUUUUUCUGGGCCAAACCAGAGGAAGUGACCUCAGUCCACACAGAAUCAAUUUGCCAUGAGUCCAAAAUAAGUGGAUCUGCAGAGGCAGUAGUUUACUGAGAGGUGUGGGCUGAGGAUGCUACCUUCCUUUGGUCUUUAAAUAGGUGAUGGAAGGAGAACAAAUACCUGUUGAUGCUCUCACUAAUGUUGUCUAUUUCCACUGAAAAUCAACAUGUUCCCCAUGUCUAUUACAUUACAUAGAGUCAUGUUGAACUUCUAUUUGAGUUAGAAGAGAGAGAGAGAGUGAAAGAAGGAGAAAUGGAGAGGAUGGCAGAGGGAAUAAAAGUAAGGAUAUUAGAAAGAGACAAAUGUGUUUUAACGGGUACUCCCUCUCCCUCUCCCCUGUCCUGUCUACCUGACAAAAAGGCCUGAGAGGAGGGUGAUUGAGUGGAGGUUGAGAGGGUCUGAGUCUGUGGAUGGGAAAAGAGAGAGGGGGGGGGGGGGACUCAAACUGGGAUAAGAACCUGUCCGCCGCUGAUGUCACUCAACCAUUUCCAGAUGUGGAGCUGAAACAGGGGUACAUACAGCAUCACUCAAGGUUGGAGCUCAGGCAAUACGGGAAGGUAUGAGGGCUGAAUGGCAAAAAUAGAGAGGAGGAAAUGGGCUGCAGAGUGUAGGUUGUGUAGGUUGACAGAUGGAGAAUUCUAGCUGUAAGUAAAUCAAGGUUGGCAUUGAGAAUUCUGAGACUGAGUCAUUUCUUUCACAUCAAAGUGAAAGCAGCAGACGCAGGGGUUCUGUGCUGAGCUUCCUUUGGAAAACACUGGCGUAUUGGCUUUCCCGUAUCGAUCUGGAGGCUGGAAUCUCCUGCAGCAGAAUGGGACUAAACCCUCCUAUCUUCAGGUGGGACAGGGUCACAGGUAGAGAGGAGGAGGGGAUGUAUGAACCUAGCAAUCUUAGAAAAUCAUAGACAUUACAUUGUAGAAGACUGUUGUAAACUCAGGACAUUGUGGGGUUGGAAAGUAGAGGGACAUAGACACACUGUCAGAGAAGGUGUUGAGAACAGGAGCUGGAAAUUAAGAGAAAUAAAAAUAAUGUUUCAAUAGAGACAGACAGUCAGACGGACUGAAGGAUGGACUAGUGGGAGGGCGGACGGACAGACGAACAGACAGAAAAACAGCCAGACACCUCAACUCCUGAGCUAUUUUUAUCAGGGUUGUGUGGGACUGGAACAGAGUUUAAAGUCAGUGUGGCAGCUGGAGGAUGUGUCUCGUUGAUAGGCCUUCUCCUCCCUGCUCUCCUCUUCUGUGGCACUCCAUUAACACUGUGCUCCCUGUCAGCCCGAGACAACCCUUUAAAAACACACACUUCCACCUAUCACUGGGACACUUCCUACCGCUUUUCCUCUCUCUUUCCCUACAGAUAUAGAUCAGCUCAGAAGUGCUCUGUCAGCACAAUGUCAAUGGAGGUGACGCAAGUCAUUCUUAAAUACUGUACCAUGUAUACCUGUAGGACAUGAAUUCCACAUACAAAUGAGUGCAAACAAUGUGAUAAUCAUGAUAUGAUAUUUAGCCAUAUAUUAUAUAUUAUAUAUUUUACAUUUACCUAUAUAAAAGAUGGACCGUGUAAUGGUUUGGUACUGCAUGGUGCUGAAAGAAGCCUGAACAUUUGUGUGAGAGCAUCGCCCCCUGUAGGCACUUUUCAGUAAUGUAGUUCAGUAAAUGAAGUUCUCCAUCAGUCUUCUUGUCAUUGUCCUUUUUAACCACUCACAUGUGUGCAUGUUCUCUCUAUUCCAGGUCAGGGCAAGGAGCUGCUCCUCUCCAACACCUUCCCUGACCCACAAGGGGCUCCUGUUCAAGGCCCACAAGGCCCUGCUGGACCUGCUGGUCAGUAUCUCCCUCUCUGUCCUGGUCCCCAGCCAGAAAACAUAUUGGUUUGAAUAUCAUGUCAGUGUAGUGAUUAAAUUGCAUAUUAAUUUGGGUUCUCUUACCAGUUAUGCCCCUGGACUAAAUAUAAUAAUUAACAAAGUCUCCAUUCUCUGUCAGAUUCACUGAAACACAAAUUCUCUGUCCCCAACUCUCAUCUAGAAACUUCUGAUUUCCUCAUUAGAGGAAGUUGGAUUUGCUCCCAGUCUCUUAAAUGUUGGAUUUAUUUGUUGUUUGCCUGUCCCUCUUGCCUCAAGAUGAGCCUUUUCCAUCCCCAUGUUUAAAGUGAGCUGUGAGAGGAGUGAGCUUGGGCCAGCUUCUAUGAUGGAUAAGACUUAUCUAGCAUCACUUCUAUCAUGACCAAACAAAGCAGAUUUAAGUGUGUUCAAUAUAACAUUAUAACAAGCAUGUCCAUAUAUGUAAUGGUUUGCCCAGUCCAGUAAUUCUUUACACACCUAUAGUGGAGUUAGGAAUAGGAAGACUCAAUGGGACACAGUUGUUAGUAUUCAUCUGACUAAGGACUUCUUAUUAUUUGUUAUACUUUUUAACAGUGGUUUAUGUCCUAGUCCAAAUACCUUUGCAUAAUCUGAUUGUCUUAACUUGUUCCAGCUGUUCCAAAACACACGUAACAUGAAACCCUUUCCUAUCAUUCAUCCAUAAUUCAGAUUUUUUUCUCUCCUUUAUUUUGUCUCUCUUUUCAUUCUCAAUUUGCCUUAUGUGUCUGAUAAUAACCUAUCUUGGCCUAUAAAGGCAACUUGACCUAAAAGCUGCUUAUUACCUUGAUGCUCACAGUCCUUAUGUGUCCCAUCAUACAGGUCCUCCAGGCCUCAAAGGCCCCAUGGGACCCCCUGGCCCAGCUGGACAGAACGUAGGUUUUUGCCUUAGCACUACAGUGGGCAGUGUGUAAUGGUGCAAUAGAAAUAAUAAUCAUAUGAGUGAGAUUAGAUCCACUUAAUGCACACUUCUACAAAUUUGUUAUGUGUCUUUUUGAACCUUUUCUUCUGUCUCUCUACAGGGGAAGUCGGGGACCCCUGGGAUACACGGCCCGGUUGGGCCAAAAGGAGAACGUGGGGAGAGAGUGAGUACAAUGCACAGGCCAGCCAGGGCCCAACCACACCUAAUGUUUUCAUUCCAUUCUUUACAUCCCCUAGAUAGAGAGACAAAACUCCUAACUUGCCACUGGCUUCUUAGGGUCCUCUGGGAUAUCCAGGAGAGAGAGGAUUCAUAGGAGAGCCGGUAAGCCACCUACUUCCUGUAUAGCUGUGGCCCUGAUGAGUAUGGCCUUAAUAAACACACACGUUAGUGUGAGAAAAACCUACACAUGUCACACCUGAAUGAACCAUGGUAAACUAUACAAACCAGCAAUCUCACAAACUCAGAGAAUGGGUUUCUUCUGCUGCUUUUUCAAAGGCAGUACUGUCAUGCAAGUGAAGUGAUAUCACAGGUGUGCCAUUACUCUUUACUCCAUGUUUCUAUAUAGGGAGUACCAGGAGCCACGGGAGAGCCAGGAGAGAAAGGCCUGCCGGUAAGACCACCAGAGAUGGGCUGUACACCACUGGGCUGUAUAAGACCAGGAGGCAGGAGGGGAAACUGUGGCCCUUUCUCAAUUAGUCUUUCCUUGAUUCCUUGUAUCUUCUCUCCUUGCAUCCUUCUCAAAGCCAUAGGAGGAGAAUGUCCAACGGAAGGAACCUUGGGUCUUCUCCUCCAAUGGUGUUUGAGAAGGAAGUGAGGAUAGAAGAUGCGAGAAAUUGAGAAAAACUAAUUGAGAAAGAGUCAAUUUCCCCACAGUGUACUUAAAUUGUAUAAAUACUGUAUACUGUAUAGACAAUUACUGUGUCUGUCUAAUCACUGCUUUUCCUUUGCAUCUUUCUCAUUUUACAAGAACAAUCUAAAUGUAAGUGAUCUAAAUGAUUUUUGACAGCAAGUACCACUAUGAUCCAUGUCCAAUCACCACAUUUACAUACUUAUCUUUGUGAUUUCACUUUUUUAUGAAGUUUACUGUUCACUUAUCUAUAUUGUUAUUAGUAUUGUUCUGCAAAUGGUCCUGCAUUUGUUUAAAAAAAUACUAAUUUACUUUAUAGUAUGUCAGUUUGCUGCAUGUGGAAUUGUGGUUCCUGUUGUUUGUGUGUGUUCUGUUUCAUGAUGGUUUUGUGAUUGUUGUGGUUUUUUGGUCCUUGGGGUGUGCUGUGGACUGCUGCCCCUUGUUGAAAACACUGUACUACUCCUGUCCGACCCUAAAGCUGUCUGACUCCCUCUGCAAGCUACUGUCUCCAUGGCUACCUUUCACAGUCACAUUCUGAGAAUCUGGCAUUGGCAUAUACAUACACAUGCCUGCCUCACACCUGCUAAGUCAUUUACUGACUGAGGGAAAGAUCAUGGAAUAUAUAAGAAUCUGUUGAGUGGCAUGUAAUACAUCGUUAUAUUGAGGAUCAAUAUUUGAUCAUGCCAUGCUUUUACAAACCCUUCUACAAAUUAUAUAAAUGAUGCAAAGGAUGACAUGUUCAUAUGUUAAUUUAACUAGUGUACAGCACAUAUUGUGUAUACAUAGUAUAAAUGUUAUUAUAAACUGGGUGGUUCGAGCCCUGAAUGCUGAUUGGCUGACAGCCGUGGUAUAUCAGACCGUAUAUCACAGGUAUGACAAAACAUUUAUUUUUACUGCUCUAAUUACGUUGUUAACCAGUUUAUAAUAGCAAUAAGGCACCUCAGGGGGUUGUGGUAUAUGGCCAAUAUACCACAGCUAACGGCUGUAUCCAGGCACUCCGUGAUGCAUCGUGCAUAAGAACAGCCCUUAGAUGUGGUAUAUUGGCCAAAUACCACACCCCCUCGUGCCUUAUUGCUUAAGUAUGAACUGGGUGGUUCAAGCCCUGAAUGCUGAUUGGCUGACAGCCGUGGUAUAUCAGACCAUAUACCACGGGUAUGAUAAAACAUUUAUUUUUACUGCUCUAAUUACGUUGGUAACCAGUUUAUAAUAGCAAUAAGGCAUAUACCACACCCCCCUCAGGCCUUUUUGCUUAAGUAUGUGUCAAAUGUAUAUGCCAAAUCACUCCAUUUAGAGUUAUUGUGGGAACAGUGGUGGUGGGUUAGUGCUGGGUGUGUGGGGUAGGGUGGGGUGGACUGGGGUUGGAAAUGUGAGUGGAUACAGCUAUCCUCCAGUGUCCCACAAUGCAUGGCUGCAUGCUCCCAUCCUUAGUUACUGCACUGUUUGCCAUGUCUCUUUUGCUUGCCAAACUCAUAUGUAAACUCUGUGUUUAACUUAGUGUAAAAACAAAAAAUGCAGAAAUAACACAGGAACCAGGCAAGGUCACUCUAAAUUGUAUUUCAAACCAAAAAUAGAUUUCUUAUCUCCUCAAUGGUCUCACAAUAGCCCCAUUAUCCGUUCUGCUCCCAUCUGCUCCUCAUCAAUAAACCAUGACAUAGAGGAGCUUGUUAUUGUGGAGCCAUACAAUAACACAAACACACUGGACAUUAGUCAUUAAUAUGAUUUAUAGAUAUACAGUACUGUAGCUUAAUGAAAUCUUGCCUUUUGUUCCGUAGAGGUUUGUCCACUACUCGUUAAUCAGUUUAUUUCUUGACCCAAGAGAAAAGUACUCAGGCAUCCACACUAACAUAAUAGUGUGCAUGCAUUCUUUAUCAACUGUUACUGACAUGAUUGCUUGUGUCUGUGUUAUCUUUCUGUUUUUAUUUUCUAUGUUUCAUAUUUAUUUCUUAGGACAUUACUCAUAAAGCCAGUAGGUCUUUUUUGAAAAGUAGAUAUUGAUCUGUUUCUCAUUUUAAACAGAAACAAUAAAAAGAGUACUGGCUUUAUCUGGUAAGCAUAUUUGAAUACAGUGAGAGAUGGAUGGGCAGCUAUUAUGACCACAGCUGUAUUAACAGUUAUGUACAUGCAAUAUACUAAGACUUCAGAAGGUUCUUUACAAACAUUUUAAAAAAUCAAUAUUUUGUCAUGCAACCCCUCUAAAAUACUUGCCUGGUUGAAUAGCUGCUCAUCUUGGUCAAGUCCAGAGGGAAUGUGGAUGGCAUGGUCAAACCUGAAGCCUUGGACAGUCUACCACACUUUUGUUAUGUCAACAACAUAGGAAUGUACUGUGAUGUGCAUGCUGUUUUUGCCCAGCAUGGCAAAGUCUGGCCUGGUAUGGCAGCAUGGCCAGAGAACCAGGGAUAUAGAGAGAUACAGGGGAGGGAUAAGGUAAAGGGGUGCGGGGUGGGUGCGUGGACUGGUUUUAACCCGCUAACUGCUGUAAUGGAUUGACAGAGAGAAAAUGACUUGCACCUUGGCGAGCAAUUUGUUUGGCUUGUGCUCCUUACCUUGACGGCUGUAUCUAUCUUCACAGGGGGACGGGAUACAUCAGAUCAGAGAAGCGCUGAAGAUCUUAGCCGAGAGGGUUUUAAUCCUCGAGACUAUGAUCGGUAUUCAUGGUGAGUAGGAGGCCUGAGGCAGGAUGGUCAGCUUUAGGCAGCAGGGUGAGCUUUAGGCAGGGGUCAGAUGAGGCUGGGUCUCACCCCACCCUCCACCAUUCCUGGGACGUGGGACAGGGGGUAUGGACAGAGGCAGGCAGCCCCAGGACCAGGCCUGGUGUGUCCACUCUCCACCCCUCACCCAGUCCCCUUGUUACUGUUCUCUGAUAGGACAUUAGUUUGAAGAUGUUCCAAGACUUGCAGGCUGACCUGGAGCUUCUGGCUCGCAGGGUGACACUGCUGGAGGCUAUCAUCUGGCCAGGUAACGCUGGUAACCAUCCUCACCCCUCAUUCAGGCUAGAUUACAUUAUCUACUGCAUUAGGCAUGCAGGGAUCAUACGUAAAAUGCUAUUUUAUGUAUUUUUUUUGCUUUAAAAGUUGUUGCUCUAACUGGACUCACAUUAGUAGACAUCUACCAGUAAAUGUUAAUUUAUUCACUAAAUAAAUGCAUGCAACUCAAAGAUUUAGACUUGUUUAAAUUACUUUCAUCUCUAGGCACAUCAUAAUGAUAAAUAUAUAAUCAGCCACCUAUAGCAACAUCAUAUAAAUGCUUUAUUAUAUUUAAUAAUGUGCUCUAUUAACUAAGUAUUUUAUAUGUAUGUCUCAUAUAUGUAUGUAUAGGGUAGCAUGGCCCCAACUCAUUGUUUCUUCAACAGAGCCUGAUCUAGGGUCUGGAGAUGGUCCGUUUGGCACUGCGUCCCCAGGCGGUUUCUACAGGAAUAAGCGGGCAGGAGCCCUACCCUAUCGGCUCGUCUCCCCUCCUCUGUCCUCGGACACCAAGGUUCAGGGGAAGUAGCCUCCCUGCUGCGUCUCUGAGGAUCACAGGGUCUAACCACCCCUCCCUUAGGUCUCUCUGGCACUCCACUGAUCCAGACCUUAUCUGAUACCCUCUGACGGCUGUACCAUCAGAUGAAAGGUGGGGGACACCUCAGGGAAGCUCCACUGGUGCUCCAGAGUCUUCCCACCUCCAUUGGGAACCAGUACCACCCACCUCUACCCCAACACACACCUCCCCAUAGACACAUGGCUCCCCCUGUGUCCCAUCCCUGUGGCUACAGCUAGGAAAUAUUUCAAGAUAAUAUCCUACAGGCCUCGGAAAACAUGCAAAGAUUCUUGUAAGAUAAAAGGAAAACCACCCAAAAACUAUAUUUUGGUAUUUGUUUCAUUAGUCCAUUGUUGACAUAGUCCCAAAAUGUUUUGCUUGUCAGCAAUACAGUUUUCAAGAUAUGUAACUUUCAAAAUACAGAAUUCAUCCCUGUAUGAUGCAUUUUGCAUCAUAUGAUCAUUUUUGGGUGGAGUUUUCCUUUAAAAAGCUUGAUAUGUUUAAUGGUGCUCAUUCAACUGAAAACAAUUCUGGACUAUAAGGGUCAUUGCAGUAUAGUAUAAAUGAGGGUCAAUUAAAGAAGGAAUCAAGUGUGAAAAAAAGAGACUGGCUCUGAGAAUUUGUUUGGACUUUAACAAUGUCGGGAAUCUCAGAGGUUUACUUAUUUAAAUAUAUUUAACAUGUACAGACUGCAAGACACACACGUACACAAACAAACCUCUUCCUCUUAUAUUCCUGUUGGUUCUAUAAUAUUGUUUUAAUCCUUGUUAUGUAGUGCACUAUAAAGAUGAAGACAUUACACACCUUUCCCAUUGAGGUGUCAGUUAAUAGUGACAUGUUAUGAAAAGUCUAGUAUAUCAGUGUAUGUGUCUUGGUGUCUGAUAUCCCCCCUUUAAAUCAAACACACAAGAGAUGUAA